GGCAACAAAUAAAAUGGCAGUGUCCAGAGUACGCACGAGUCGCACGUCGGUGUAAUAUAUGCGCGAUUGUGUAAUUUUGCGUCACAAAAAGCAAGCUAUAUAUUUGGAUUUAUUCGUAAUGUCGGAAUGUAUCGAAUCGAGCUGCAGUCAUUCUAGCAGAGAUGCGUCGUGCGAUAUUAAACCGAGGCACGUGAGGCGCUUGAAAUUCGGAAAAUCGAUCCUCAAGCUUGACGCCGCGGAGCAGGUUAGUUCCAAUUCAAAUCGCAUCCUCGUGAUUGAUCAGAAUGUGGCUCACAUACCGUGCACGGAGAAGAGGGAUUACGUGCGCAUGUGGCUCGAGACUCAAGGGAACGACGUGAUAUCGAGCGACGAUCUGUCCCAAUCAUCCCCCGUUCUUGGGACAUCGGCCACUAAGACCUCCAAGAAAUCGCCGGUACUCGCUGGUAGCAGGAAACGACCUAGAAAAAAGAUCGGUAUAAAUAGACCCGCUACAGUGAAAAAGGUGGACAAUUCCCAGGAGAACGCAGGGCACUCUGUAGACUGUAGACUGCAAUCUAAACUAGAUUAUAAAAAUGAAGAGAGAAACGAAAAUCAACAGGAAGGUUUAAGCGAGACCCAUUGCACACCACCUUGCGUAGAGAAGGUUGCUGAUGAGAUAUCUCCUGUUCUUAAUAUACAUUAUAAGGAAAAGCGAAGAAAAUUACAGCAUGAACCAGAGGAUGGCAAUUCUCCAAAAUGUUUAAAGUUUCACAAUAAUAAAGUCACAAGUACAAAUAUAAAUCCAGUAAUAGAACUUGAUAAUAAUCAUAGUAUUCUGAGAGAGAUAUCUUUGGAUUAUGAUAAGUUGGAAGAGAAUGUUAAGACAGUUUCCUUCUUAAGUGAAGCAAAAAAAAGUUCAGUAGAAUGUAGACAGGUAUUUCUAUCACUGACACACGAUAGAUUGAGCUUUGAAGACAGUUCAAGUAAUAAUACUGAUAAGAAAAUUCCAAAUAUAGAAAUAGAUACAAGUGAUGAUAGCAAAGAUGACGAAUGUAAUGAACUUUCCAACACACAAAGCAGUAGCAACAAUAAUCUGAGCAAUUUCAUAGAGGAGGCUGAUACACAAGAAACUGCAAAGACAUCUCAGCUUUCGAUACCAAAUGAAUCCUGGAUUCCUUCGAGACAAUCAUUUACAUUCUUACAAUUAACUGCCAAUGACUUGGACAAAACUAAUUGUUCAGAAGCUGAAACGAUACAUAAUGAAAAUACACCACUGUCUGCAAAGAUCUCUCAGAUACCAUCUUUUAAAACGACCCAAAAGACAGAUAAUAAGUCAAUUCAAACCGAUGCUAUUAUUAGCACAAUAACUACUCCAUCGAAGAAGUCUCCAGACAAAAGUAUAUAUGCGCAUCUUCUAGAUUCUGGAAAAAAACGUCGCAGAUUUAAAAAAGGAAGCAUGGUUGCAAAGCUGCAGUCUUUGAUUAAUACGCAAGUAUCCAGCAUUCGUAUAUGGCGUCAUCGAAUGAACAAGGAGCACAAUGCUGCAUCAGCACAGUUCAUCAGCGUAUUUGUACGCAACUGUACAAAACAAUUUGGCAAUCAAUUUCUGGAAGGCACUUUGAUCGAGGAUUCUUUUAAUCUCUUGCAAUGUGACAUAGAAAUUGAAGAAGCGGAAUCGCAUAAUGUUCAAGCACAACCAAAGAAACUUUUGCAUAGGAGUAUAACAAUUAUGCUAGUCUGUGAUAUUGUCGGUACAUUAAAAAUGAUGUCGGAAGUAGUGAUAAAUGUCUAUCCACCUUGGAACAUUUUAGAUAAGCUCAAUCUUACCUUGGAAGCAACAUACAUAAGUAUAAACGAAAAUUGCGAAGUACCUGAUAUUAUUAGAAAUAAGGACAACUCGCAUAAACGUAAGAAACGAAUUGUCAAAGAGUUUAACUGCCCCUGCAUAGAAGAAGGAAGAGAAUUACCAUUCUGUGCGAGAAAACCUAGCAGCGAUAAACCUGAUGUGAUGCAACAAAUAUUUGAUUUCUAAUGGUAUAUUUCUUAUAUAUUUGGAAAAGUAUAUGUUAUAUAUCGAAGAUAGUUCCGGUGUUUAUAGAGCACAGUUAAGAUGUUAUAAUAAUUGUUUAUAUUUCUUAAACAUAUGGCUGCUGUUAUCUAUAACUUUAAGUAGCCAUAUAUGUGAUAGUUUUGUUAUACAAUUAUUAUAGAGUUUCUCUAUUUCUUAGUGAUAUAAUAUUGAAUUGCAGUUGCAGUUUAUUCAUGUAGAUCGCUGUUUGAAUCAAAUGUGUAUUUUGUAUAUCCUGUGAUAUUUUUAUAGUAUAUUAAAGAAUAACAAGAGAUCAUUUUUAUAUUUGUAAUAUUACUGUGAUGUAAUAUGAAUUGACUAUCUUCUUUCAUAUGUUCUUUUUUUAACACAUGAUCUGCGAAAAAUAAUACAUUCACAAAAUAAAUUUAUGUAUUUAAGAAUACGUUGUAAAUAGAAAUGAAAUAAAAUAUUU